AUGACGUCUCUGUUGUUGACGUCAACAUCAAGACCAAUCGGUUGGCUUAUGUGGCGUGCAUCUUCUUGCAUGGGCAGUGGUGAUGGAGGGCGAAUCAGCAUUUCAAGUUGUAAAAUUAAUUCUGGUGAAAACUGCUAUAUGAGUCGUUGUCAGACUGACUAUAACUUUCUUGGUCAAUCAUUCUCGGUUACAGUUGGCAAUACUUACAGAAUUUCAUUUUGGUAUCCUAAAACUGGAGGUGAUAGCGGCAAGUUCUAUGUAGAUAUAAAAUAA